AUGAAAAGUCUACGAAGAGACUUUUCCUCGAACCCACAGGCUCAGAAUGUAUCCAGCAAAGUCUUCAUCAGGUCGACAAAAAGCGGCAAGGUUCAGAAAAUCGUUCGCGAAUUAUACCUAAGACAAGAUAUCCCAUGCUCUUCGCAGUUAUGUACAAUAUGUGCGACCUAUGCACCAGCAGAUGCGAGUGGAAAUAUCGCACCAUUCGUUCUCUCCGAUCGCCCUGCCGGUACGAAAGCCUUCCCACAAGGCCAUUAUAUUAUUCCGGAUACAAAUGCAUUGUUGAAUGGGAUGGAUGUUUUCGAGCACACUGGCGCAUUCUAUGACGUGAUAAUUCUACAAACCGUCUUGGAAGAGCUCCGAAAUCUUUCGCUACCCCUCUACAACCGUCUUAUUUCCCUUAUCAAGUCCGAUGAGAAACGAUUCUACCUAUUCUUCAAUGAAUUUCGACUUGAGACCUACGUUCGCCGACAGAAUGAUGAAUCCAUCAAUGACCGAAAUGACCGAGCUGUGCGCGCUGUCGCAAAGUGGUAUACUGAACAUCUCCGUCAAGCCGCUAAAGGCAAAAGUAUUCCGGCAAUUGUUGUACUCACUGAUGAUAAAGAGAAUCUCCGCAAAGCGAAAGAGGAAGGCGUUGUAGCUCUGUCACUCGCUGCUUAUGUGUCAGGUCUUGAGGACUCUGAUACUCUGAUUGACAUGAUUAAUGAUUCUCGUGAGGAGAGAGGAAAGAGAACAGAAUUUUUCUACCCGGAAUACUAUACAAUGUCAAAAAUGAUGACGGGUGUACGCGCAGGAACAUUGCACCAAGGCAUAUUCAACAUUUCACCUUACAAUUAUUUGGAAGGGUCUGUGAAGGUGCCUGCGUUUGAGAAAUCGCUGCUCAUUCUUGGGCGUGACAACAGCAACCGAGCCGUCUCUGGCGAUGUAGUUGUCGUCGAAGUGCUUCCGAAAGAUCAGUGGAAGUCGCCGUCUUCAAAGAUCAUAGAUGAAGAAGCAGUCACCAAAAAUGAGAAUCCGGACAGUGAGGAGACAGAAGUUAUUGUGAACGAGAGGGAAAAGAGAGCUCUUCAGGAGGAAGUAAAGAAAGCCCAUGGUACAGUCGCCGAGGGAAAAGCCCAGCCAACUGCUCGAAUUGUGGGCAUCGUCAAGCGAAACUGGCGCCAAUAUGUUGGGCACGUCGAUGCAUCAUCGACGUCACUCCAGGGUAAUUCAGGAAGGCGUCAGCAAACCGUCUUUGUGCUUCCCAUGGACAAGCGUAUACCCAAGAUUCGAAUCAGAACCCGGCAAGCAGCCGAGCUUCUCGGUCAACGAAUUCUUGUGACCGUGGACAGCUGGGAUCGCGAUUCUCGGUAUCCUACCGGCCACUUUGUGCGAUCACUAGGAGAGUUAGAAACAAAGGCCGCAGAAACAGAAGCCCUGCUACUUGAGUAUGAUGUGCAGUAUCGACCAUUCCCAAAAGUGGUCUUGGAUUGUUUGCCUGCCGAAGGCCACGACUGGAGGGUUCCGACAAAUAUGGAUCACCCUGGUUGGCAAAAACGACGAGACUUACGAGAUCUACUAGUUUGCAGUAUUGACCCUCCUGGAUGUCAAGAUAUUGAUGAUGCUUUACAUGCACGCCUCUUGCCGAACGGAAACUACGAAGUGGGUGUUCAUAUCGCCGACGUAUCCAAUUUUGUCAAGCCAAACAAUGCGAUGGACUUGGAAGCAAGUUUACGUGGAACCACUGUCUAUCUGGUGGAUAAGAGAAUUGACAUGCUUCCAAUGCUCUUGGGAACUGAUCUGUGCUCUCUCAAACCAUAUGUAGAACGUUUUGCGUUUUCUACCAUCUGGGAGAUGACACCCAAUGGAGAGGUUGUGUCUUCUGAUUUCACAAAGUCUGUUAUUCGAUCACGGGAGGCAUUCAGUUACGAGCAGGCCCAGUUACGAAUUGACGACGCGUCUCAGACUGAUGACUUGACGCAAAGCAUGCGCACACUUUUACAUUUUUCCAAAAUCCUACGGCAAAAACGUAUGGAUGCAGGUGCUUUGAACCUUGCAUCUCCUGAGAUUCGAAUUGAAACCGAGUCGGAACUCAACGACCCGCUCACUGAUGUCAAGACAAAGGCGCAUCUGGCGACAAAUAGUCUUGUCGAAGAGUUCAUGCUUCUCGCCAACAUCACAGUCGCUUCUAAGAUCUACAGCGCAUUCCCUCAAACCGCCCUAUUACGAAGGCACGCCUCACCUCCUCCUCAAAAUUUCGAACAGUUGGCUGCACAGCUUCAGAAGAAGCGAGGCCUUAAUCUCGAUGUUUCUAGCUCAGGAGCUUUGGCCGAUUCGCUUGAUAAGUGUGUUGACCCUAAGAAUCCAUUUUUCAACACCUUGGUCCGUAUCUUGGCCACUCGUUGUAUGACUUCAGCCGAGUACUUUACUGCCGGUCAACACGCCGAAGCUGAAUUCCGACAUUAUGGACUUGCUUCACCUAUCUAUACACAUUUCACGUCUCCUAUCCGUCGUUAUGCCGAUCUUGUCGUCCAUCGACAACUUGCUGCCGCGAUUGGAUAUACUUCAGCUGAAGGUCUUAGUCGACGAAGUCAGCUAGAGGACGUCUGCAAAAAUAUCAAUUUCCGUCAUCGCAAUGCGCAGUUCGCGGGCAGAGCCAGUAUUGAAUACUAUGUCGGCCAAGCACUGAAGGCUCGGGGUGAGAUGAUGGCUAAGAACAAGGGCAAUGACAAGAACCUCGGUGUCGAUGAAGAGGCUUACAUCAUGCGAGUCUUUGAGAACGGCGUGGUUGUCUUUGUUCCUCGAUUCGGUAUCGAGGGCAUUGUGCGAUUGGAAGAUUUUAUGCUGCCUGGAGAGAAGGUACUACCUAACGUGCACGAUCCUGAACAGAUGAGGGAGGUUGCCCACCGACGGGAGAGCGAAUAUGAUGCUGAAGAGUACACUCUACGCGUGUGGGACAAGACCCAUCCAGAGACUGAAAGAUCUCUGAUGGUUGAGUUGUUUGAGAGAGUCCAGGUGAAUGUCAGCUCGGUCAAGGAAGAAGGCGGACGUGGUGCUGGCAAACGCAAAGUGCGGAUGCUCAUUCUAGGAAAAGUAUAG